AUGAAUGAAGAAGUAAUUCAAAACGAAGCAAGUUCAAAUACUUCACCUAAAAAGCUAACAUUUGUAUACGAAACACCGAAGACAUUUAUGAAAAAGAAAUCCAAAUCCAGGAGCCAUCCCUAUCCAGCCAUGAAUAGUAUGAUGCAAAAUGGAUUAGACUUAAAUACCACAUCUAAAAGAAUAAAUAAGAAAUUCAGGUUCAGGAACUUUUCUUAUCCAAUCAUGAAGGGAAUGAUGCAAACUGGAUUAGACUUAAAUACAGCCAAGUCUUUAUUAGAACCUAGGCAUAAAGGAAACUUGAAUACAGUAUCUCAUGCUUCUUCUAGUUCAACAAGCCAAAAUAUUUAUAUAAAUCUACUUUAUGAAAGGCCAUAUUCUUUGCAAUAUGAAUCUAGACAUAAAGAACAAUUGGCUAGUAAUAUACUUUUACCUGAAUUUUAUUGUUCAAAUACAGUACCCGGAACUUCUUUUAUUUCAACAAACCAAAAUAUAUAUUCAGGUCAACUUUGUGAAGAGCCUGAAACAUAUUCUAUGCAAGAUGAUGCUUGUAUCGAAACUCACGUUGCAGAAUGGGCUCGUAUAUUAGUCGGUGAAAGUUUUAACUCCCAAUUAAAUGCUGGUGUAAGUUCUGGCCAAGAAACUAAUAUUACGAAUGUAGAUUAUUUAUCUGGUCCCAAGAUAAUUACUUCGUUAUAUGAUAUUACCUCUGAUACGCGAAUUCUUUGUUUUGAACAUCAGGACGAUAUGAAUAUUACGCUUUCUGGUUUGAGAUUUUUGAACCAUAAGAAAUUUAACGCCUAG